AUGCUCUUUGGCAACCACCUGUGUGUGGGCAUGGUGUGUGCAGUCUCAGAGUACCUCCAUGUCAUGGAAACAUUUGUAAUCUCAUUAGCUCCGUUUUUUUUAGAGCCUUGCUUCACUGUUUUUGUUCGUCUUGGUUUGUUUUGGGAUAGAGUAGUUUUUUGCAAGGUUGUUGCUCAGCUAGGCUUUAGAGGAUUGUCGACAUUUCUCUUUUUCCUCGAAUUAGUGUUGGUGGUCCGGCAUUUGGGUUUGGUGUACUCGGAUGCAAGGGGCUAUGCUGCCACUGGAGCAAGUGGCGGUGUGUGUGUUCCUGGAGGUCCACUAGCAGCAAGGAGUUGGUGUUUGGAGCGGCAAGUAGGAUGUUCUGUCCUUCUAAUUCCGUCGACUAUGGUCGACAUUCCUCGUGCUGCAACGGUCGCUGCGGCACUGACUUUUUAAGAUGCCAACAUCGGCUGCGGUGGCAUCAAGGGUGGCAUGCCAGUCUAGAUUUUUGCAAAUCUCGUCCUCAAGAUACUAGCAUGUUCAGGGGCUAUCAUCAUUCCGUCUGUGGAGUUCUUAUUUAGGAUCAAUUUCCGACAUCGACAAUUUGAGGCAGCAGGGACCUUGAUGAAUAUUGCAUCCAAAACUCCUGAUUGCACACUUGUUGCCUUGAAGUCUGACAAAAGACAACUUG